CCCCGUCACGACACCGGUGUAGCGGCCGCUGCUGUCCGACCUGAGCGACCCGUCCUGCCUGUACUCUGCACCCCCGAACCUGGCUGUCAAUGGCCGGCCUCGCCCUCAACAGCUCCUUCGCCUGGCGCUUCGUCAGACUGAGAAGCAGCUUGGUUAGAUCCACUGGUCCCAGUCUGUCGUUCCACUCCACAGCGUCUCGUAUGAUGGGCGCGACUGUGGAGCAGUUUGAGCAAGCAAAGAGCAAACUGUCUGCGCUGAAGAACGACCCGGGUAACGAGGUCAAGCUGAAGAUCUACGCUCUCUUCAAACAGGCCUCUACGGGACCCUGCAACACUCCCAAACCAGGCAUGCUGGACUUCGUCAACAAGGUCAAAUGGGAUGCAUGGAAGUCUCUGGGCUCCAUAUCACAGGACGAGGCCAGGCAGCAGUACUGUGACCUGGUCAGCUCCCUCGUGGCAGCAGAGGGUGGAGGCUCCGGCCAGGUGGCGGCGACGCCCGCCGGGGCCGGAGCCGCGUACCAGACGCUUCUGGUCACAACAGAGGAUGACAUCACCUCCAUCACACUGAACCGACCGGCCAAGAAGAACGCCAUCACAACAGAGAUGUACAACGAAAUCAUUGCAGCUCUGGAGCAGGCAGGAAAAGACGACUCUGUCAUCGCUGUUAUUACCGGUGCUGGGGAUUUCUACUGCAGCGGGAACGACCUGACCAACUUCACCAAGAUCCCAGAGGGCGGGGUGGAGGCCAUGGCCCGGAGUGGAGGAGAGCUGCUCAGGAAGUACGUGAGGGCCUUCAUUGACUUCCCCAAGCCACUGGUUGCCAUGGUGAACGGACCGGCUGUUGGCGUCUCAGUGACGUUGCUGGGACUGUUUGACCUGGUCUACGCCACAGAGAGGGCCACAUUCCACACCCCCUUCAGCCAGCUGGGCCAGAGCGCCGAGGGCUGCUCCUCCUACACCUUCCCCAAACUGAUGGGCGUUCCCAAGGCCAGCGAGAUGCUGCUGUUCAACAAGAAGCUGACGGCAGCUCAGGCCUGUGAGGUCGGCCUGGUCACCGAGGUUUUCCCUGACAGCAGCUUCCAGACACACAUUUGGAGGGAGCUGAAAGAGUGGGCCAAAAUCCCUGCUGCAUCCCUGGCCCUGUCCAAGCAGCUGAUCCGCUCCGUGGACAAGGAGCGUCUGUACGCCGUCAACGACGCCGAGGUGGAGCGACUGAUGGAGCGCUGGCAGUCAGACGAGUGUUUCAACGCCGUCAUGAGCUUCUUCCAGGCCAGAGCCAAACUGUGAUGAACACACGGAGCCGCGUGCCAUGAACGGUGCCGUUGUAAAUGUUGGAAAGGGAAUCAGGAAAUCUAUCAGAAAAUCACACAAACGUCCCAGCUGAAACUCCAGGGGAAUGCUCCCUCACCUCCUCUCUUCCACAAACACUCCUCACGUUCCGUCCUGGAGACCAGGCUUCUGCAGGAGCUGAAUAUUCCUCCACGGAUCAAUGCAUUACCUUCACAGGGGAUGCAACAACCUGGCCAUGCAGAGACUUGACAUGUAGGCAGGAAUCUGCAGCCGCUUCAUUCUCAUCAGACCAGCUGAAGGAUGUGAGGAGACGCUACGAACACGAGCAUUUACGUCCCAUUAAGUGCCUCUUACAAACUCAUGAUGGUGACGAGAGUCUGGGGUGGUGCCAACAUUCUCACCACUUCCCUUACAUACAUUUAUUGCACAUAAGAAGUUUUUAGGCUGGCUUGGUUCUACAGUUGCCAUGGAAACCAUCUGUUUCCUUUUAGUCAAGUGUGUAAUUGUUAUCUGUUAUCAAACAAGUCAUUAAAAAAAAGGUUUCUUUCCAUCCUUGUCCAUACAUGUCAUGUAUUUUAGGAAACAUAGUGAAUCUCCUGGUCAGACUGGAGUUCUGCGUUCAGCUGCCGUUCAGGGACAUGUCCACUCUGGUCCGGUCUCAGUCCUGUCUCAAUCUGGUCUCAGUCCGGUCUCAAUCCUGUCUUGGUCCGGAGAGUCUCCUGAUCAGUUUCUCUAUUUUAUUAUGUCAUUUAUCAAUCAAUAAUUGAUAUAAUUAAUAUAAAAUAAUUGACGUGGCGAUUGAUAAAUAUUUAUCAAUCAAAAUAACACAUUUUAAAAGAAUUAUUGAAAAGAAGACAAAACAUCUGUUUAAAGAAACCGACUGAUUAUGGUGAACCAUGAAUGAAAGACUACACUAAUUUAAUUUCAAGGGGACAUUUCCCCUUAACUCAAAAUGUAAGGAUGUUUGUAAACUGCCCUCAAUCUACUUUAUCUUUUCUGUUUUAAUCAAAGAUUAAAUAAGGUUUUAAAUCCCUCUGGAGUAGCUUUGCACAAGUAUAACACCCAAAAAAUAAUAUUUAAGAAUGACAAAGCUGGAAUCACAGGAAGUGUUCUGAUUGGUUGAAUUCCCGGAGGCCCACCGGUGGGCGGAGCUAAUGGCUGAUCAGACACUUAACCAACAAUAUGUUUUCACCUUUCCUUGUCCGUUAUUUUCCUGUUUUCUCUCCAGUGUGUCAUUAAUAUAUUUGGAGUUACUUUCAUGUUUUCUAGACGAUGUCCUUUCAUGAAGCGUUCCAACUUUUUCAUCCUGAUUGAAUUUCUUUAAUCCAGACGAUUGUUCAGUCUUUGUUCUUUCUUGUUCUUGAGCUGCGACUGAUGAAAUAAACAGUUUGUUUGGGUUCGUGUAAACUCUA